CUGAAGAACCAGGUCAGAGCAAGAAACACACAAGCCCACACUAGCAGAGGAAAGCUGCUCUUUUUAGAGGUUUAAGCUGAUAAUAAUGAGAUGUGUUUCAACUUAGCAUGUGUAUCCGAGGUGUAGCUCUCCGUAGCGAAAUAUCUUGAGCAGGUUUUACAUUUCUAACCUUGUAAACCGGACUUUAGCUUGUUUGCUAACCUUAGCUUAGCUGCAGGAGCAGCUCUCAUGUUAGUGACUUUAGUAAUCAGUCGUUAUCAUGUAGCAUCAACUAGCUUAAAAACACUGGCACAUCUAUGGCUUUCAUAGGUCCGUCUGAGUUAUUUGCAUGCAGUCCAGAUGCUAAAAUACGAACCAUAGCGAAGGUGACUCGUUCUGCUUUUUGCAGAAGUCAUGAGGGACUUUUUGAGGAGGGUACAUAGCAUCCUCCUAAAGGUCGCUCUGUUUCCCAGCUCGUUUGGCCGCGCAGGUCCGCGGCCAGCUGCCUCCGAGGUCUUAACCUGCCACCUGCAGCAGCGCAAACUCCCGCCGUGGACUUCAUACUGUGUCCGCUACAGCUCCGUUCACAAUGACCAGUUUGGACUGUCCAACUUUAACUGGAGCGUUCAGGGAUCCAACUACCACAUACUGAGGACAGGCUGCUUCCCCUUCAUAAAAUAUCACUGCACCAAAGCUCCUCCACAGAACCUGGACUUUGAAGACAAGUUUUUCACCAUGUUGAAAGUUAUUAAUCUGGGUAUCCCUUGUUUGGCCUACGGCAUCGGGUGCUGGAUGGUGGUGGGAGCUGCAGAAACAGUACAGACAAGUGUUGGACCCGUCACAGUUUAUUUUGCAUACAAAGAAGACGAAGGUGCCCAGUACUGAAACAAAAAAAAGUACUACUUUUAAUGUGUAAGAGGAUGUUGUCUGCCAAGCUGCUGCAUUUUUAAAUUUCCCCCGGUGAUCUUCUGCUGGAGCUAUUGAUGAAGGCGCCAUCCCAUGUCACCUGCUCUCUUGUCUUGACUGCAAAGGUUCAUUUGUGUUUAAUUAUUAAAGAUUUAAAGUUGCACUGGAGGAGUCAGUUAUGCAUGUCAUUACACCGACAUGCAAUACUCAAAGUGUUUAUUUGGACAGCUAACUUUCCAUUAACGUUUAAUAGAAAGUUUAGGAUUUCUCCAAGAAUAGGGUCAAUGACUUUAAGUGAGUUUUUGCACUCGGUUUAUUGUAAACGAUUAUUUUUGCAACAAGCAUUUAAAAAAAUGACUGAAAGCUGAAGAUUUUAUGGUUUUUAAUGUACUUGUGUAUUUAAACCUGUGAUGGUUUUAGGAUCAACUUUUGUAAAGUGUGCUGUAAAAAGGACAGAUGGCAUUUCCUUUAAUGUUAAUAUAAUUUAUUUCAAGUUGCA